CCAUUAGUGAACAACUUGAUAUUCAUUAGUUUUUUAGUCACAAUCAUGCCAAGAGCAGCAAUAAUGCACUUGACAUUCAAAGAUUGCAUCCUUAGUUGAGUGUGUGACAUUUCCUGGACUGUUCUAUGCAACAAACUCAUGUUUCUUGGUGUUGUUCCUAUUUGCUGAAGACAGGAUGAAUGUGAACAGAAUAUUUGGUUACAAAAAAGUGCCAGGAGAGUUCAGUCAGAAGAUGGACGGAGAUCUUAGCGAGGGAGGGAUGCAGACUGUGGCACUGGGUGACGGUGCUGCCAGCGGGGAGACCAAUUACCAGCCAGCAGCAGGCGGAGGACCAGCUCUAGCCCCUGCACCCAAUUCAGGGAUGCCGCUAGUACAGUCUUCUACGGCACCCUCGACGCAGCCCAUCCCCACACCGCAGGCUCGCCCCACUUCCCUCCCACAGUACCCACACACUCCUGGGUCUGCCUACGCUUCACCAAACAGUGCCAAUAGUCCUGAGUACGGCAAUAAGUGGGACUGUUAUAUCUCGCCGUUUCCAGCCAUGUCGCCAGUCCCCCUGGCCACCCCAACCACUCCGAACUCUGAAAAUGGAGCUGCCUUAGUGCGAUCUGGUUCAAGUAAAAUGGAAACUAUUAAAACUUGGUCCAUAUCUACCUACAAAUGUACCAAGCAACUUUUGUCAGAGAAGUUGGGAAAAUCAUCCCGCACGGUAGAUGCAGAAUUAGAAGCCCAGAUUGAAGCCCUUCGUGACACACAGCGUAAAUAUUCGCAAAUACUGCGACUGGCCAGGGCCUUGUCUUCUCAUUUCUAUCAUGUUGUACAAACACAACAACAGCUCGGCGAUGCCUUUGCAGAUCUUGCUCAGUCACCGGAGCUUCAGGAAGAAUUCAUAUACAAUGCAGAGACUCAGAGAACCCUCACCAAGAAUGGUGAAACUCUUCUUGGUGCCCUCAACUUCUUUGUUUCGUCCGUCAACACUCUGUGCAACAAGACCAUGGAGGACACCUUACUCACCGUCAAGCUCUAUGAAUCUGCCAGAAUUGAGUAUGAUGCCUACCGAAGUGAUUUGGAGAUGCUCUCGCAGCAACCUCGUUCAGAAAUAAGCUCCAUCAAACUUGAGGAAGCUCAGCGCAACUUCAAUGGACACAAGGCUCACUAUGAUAGGCUAAGAGCAGAUGUUGCCAUCAAGCUAAAGUUCUUGGAGGAAAACAAGGUGAAAGUCAUGCACAAGCAGCUCCUCUUGUUCCAUAAUGCUGUGUCAGCCUACUUCAGUGGCAACCAGACUGCCCUGGAGGCCACCCUCAAGCAGUUCAGCAUCAAGCUGCGCAGCCCCAACAGCGCACCGCCCUCGUGGCUGGAGCAAUCUGUGCCAGAGACGUUUCAGACUAUAUUUGGUUCCCUAAACUCCCCAACCAAGUAAUGUAAAGCCUUCAGUCAGCUCAGUAGCAGAUCAGCAGUGUUCUUGCCGUAGGGUCUUGCAGUGCUUUUUUUUACCUGCUUUCACAUCUAGAUUUAUAUGUGUGGCAUAUUUUCACAUGUCCUUUAAGAAUUAGUACAAUUCUGAAGACCAUGAUAUAAUUGUUACCCUUUAUUGCUUUGGAUUUAUGUUGCCAAAGCCUGUCUCAUGAAAUGUGUAUUGGGCAUUACUUUGUAUAAGUGGGCAUUCCAGGGUAACUCUAAAGGAGGGAACAUGGUGCUGCGUGGCUCCCAGUGUUGACAUAAAGCUUAAGUGCCAGUCCACAUUAUUAGAUUAAUUUUAAUAUAUGCAGUGGUCACUCUUCAUCUAACCUUGUCCAGAGGGAGGCUGAACUGCUCGCACCAAAAAGCCAAUUUUUAGAAAGCGUAUCCUGAAACUGCGAAACCUUCAGUUGUAUGUUUGAAAGGAAAGGUUUAAAACCCACAUGGACGGGCUGCUGAGUUGUGAAGUGAACAUCUUGGGUCUUGGUGAUAGCUUAAAAGAUCCAGGAAAAUUUAGAUGCACUUAGACACUUUUAGUUAAACACAAGUAAAAUUAUAGUUAAUGAUUUUUUGAGGUUAUAAAUUCACUGAUUAAUGGCACUUCUGAAUGUCUGACUCCUUAUGGUAAUUUGAGGGUAUAUUAUGUGCAAUACUUAUGUAAUUUAGUUCAGUGUCUUAUAGAACAUUAACUUUUUUUAUGGUUGAUCUGUAAUCUUAAUUACAAAUAGUGCCUGAGAAUAUUUUAUAAUCAAUAUUUGCCCUUUUGCAAUGCCCUUUAAACUAUAUAUAGCUUUGUUAGUAUGGUACAUUUCUUUUAUUAUGAACUGUGUUGACAACAAAUAAUUUUUUAUCUCAUUAUGUAUCCCACACAGUAUUAUAUAUAGAUACAGUACUUUCAAUUCCUUGGAGGGAGACACCUUUGGUUUUGUGUCCCUAGUGCAGCAAGGACAUACCAUCACACAGGGAACUGGGGUACAAAGUGAUAACGAAUAAACACAGACCCUUCAACUUUACGUAGGGAAUACUUUCAAGAAAAGUUGUGUUUGAAGAAUAGAAUUUACUCUUCAAAGUAUAAAAGUGAUGAAAUCUUGGGCCAGUAUAUGUUGUGUAUGUAAGUAUGAGGCCAUGGGGACUAAGUCAGUCAUCCUAGUUAGGGUGAAGCCUCCAACCCCUGAUGGGGGAGUGUAUCAUAUGGCGGAAAAAGAAAACUGUAGCAAUACUGUUGUUGGCAACAAAUAAUUUGUAUCCUGGAACCUCAAAAGUAUUCAAAAUUAGUUUUCAAUUUUCAAGGCAGAUCAGUGGCAUCAUGUAUGUGUAAUGAAAAAAAGUAUAUGUUAAAGUUUGGGUUUAAAGUUGUAUAAACAACAAAGUCCUUAAAACACAAACUAUUGGGUUUUCCAUUGUCCCCCCAUUCUAGUGUCAUGCAAAAGAAAUCCAAUUUGUAUCUUACUCUCCAUCAUGGCUGAGUUAGUAUGAGAAAGGGAACAAAACACUACCUGCACCGAAGGUUGGAAAUUUUCGUGUUCUGCAUAAUCUGUUGUGUGUUGAAGUUGUAGAACUUUUUGUGUCAUGAGUUACAGUUGUGCUUCACAGCCAAAGAUAACUGACAGUACCUUGGAGGACUGGCAUUCAGUGUUCACAGCAUGUGGUGACUGCACUCAAGCUGUGUAAUAUUUAUUGUUCUUCCAAGUAUUUAUAUUUAGUAUAGUUUAUGAUUUUGAUUAGAAGCAUAAGAUUUUCUCAUACAUGUUUAUUUUUUUAGCUUAAGCAUUUUUGAAGGUUCCUUGCAUGUGCAUGGCUCUGUGCUAGUGCUGCUAGAUAAUGGUGAAGUCGUUCUUUUGAGAAGCAAAGGUUUGUUGUCUAUAUAUUUUUUUAGGAAAAGUAGCUAUUGAGAUACUGAUAACUGAAAUAUACAGCUUCAAAACUGAGUGGUGAUGUACAGUGAUAAUGACUAUAUUUUUCCUGCCCUGGUCUCACGAGCUUUGUUUCUUCUACAGGGGUGAAUACUAGCAGUUGUCUAAUGAGAUAAUUUGAAGGAAGCAAGGUUGAUUUAGUCAUCAGUAUGGCAGUGCUUGCUUUUAUGUAUGUCAUAGACAAUAUUUCUUAUAUUCUUCAAAGCAGCUUCUCACAAUAUGGGUGAAUUUUUCAAAGAUAUGUGAAGCUUUCCUUUGUGAAUCUGCUCUUAUUUCCUGUUAUGUACUGUGCAUUGUACACCAUAAGUUACCCACUUUCUUCAAUUAGAAAGGGAGGGAGAGCCCCAAAGUUUGUGGAGUAAAUAAGGAACUAGACAUCAGUCAUUUCACAUAAUAAGAUAAUCAUUCCUUUAUGCUAAAAGGUUACAAAGUUAUCUAGACAACUGUAAAUCUCAGAUGCAUACUCCAAGACCAUAUUUCAUUUACUUGACUGGAAUAGUUUUCUGUGAGAUCAUAUAAAGCUGUCCCACACAUGCACCAGACAGUGGCACAGAAAGCAUAGUGAAACGGGGACCCAAAACUAGAGAGCCUCCAGCCUGGAUCUAGGCGACUGAUUAACCAAGAAUGAUAACUCAAUGUAUUUGAGUGUAUAUAUAUAUAUAUAUAUAUAUAUAUAUAUAUAUAUAUAUAUAUAUAUAUAUAUAUAUAUAUAUAUAUAUAUAUAUAUAUAUAUAUAUAUAUAUAUAUAUAUAUAUAUAUAUAUAUAUAUCCCAUGUGAUGGAAUGUCAAUCAAUUAGCUAUGUAUUACUAUAUAUUUAUAUUCUAUUGGCAUGUAUGAUUGUUUUUUUGUUGCUAAGUGUAUUUAAUUCUUAUAUUAUUUAGUUUGAUGACAUUUUUGUUCCAUUUUAAGUAAAAAAGUGAAGGGGCCUAAAAUAUUGUUGAUCUCCACUUUCCAAAUGGAAGUACCCUCACGGCCCUGCAGCCCCGGCCCCCUGUGCCACUGCCUGGGUGUGGCUGCUCUCAUCUUGUCUAAAAGUAGUUAUCACAGAAGACAGCAAGCAUGAGGAUUUAUUAUUGAUAUAUAUAUGUAUUUUCUUUAAAAAGCAUAAAAAAGAAAAAGGU